AUGAAUCAGAAGAUGGCUUCUGAGGUGUUUGAGCUGAAUGAAACUAUCACAGAGAAACAGUCUGAUAAGUUUAACAAAUAUAAAGACUCAGUUGAAGAUAUCAGUGAGAUGUCAGAUAAUACAGAGAGCUUAAGUAAUCAGAACAAUAAUAGCUCUGUGAGUGAGAAGACUCACAUGAGACUAGAAAUUGCAAGACUUCAGCAUGAAGUCAAGCAAAUGAAGACAGACAGGGAUGAAAAUGAAGAGCUUAGUGCAGAUUUAAUGAACUAUCUUUAA